UCCAAAUUGUACAGCCUGGCCUUCUGUGUUCUCAGGAACCGUUUCUUUUUUUGGCUUCUGGCCGUAUGCAGGAUGGCUUUUCCGAUCGAUUGUGUCAGGAUUACGUAGCCUCGCGUCGCCUGCUGUGCGAUCUGGAGGACGUUAGCCCCUGGCCUCCUGGUGAACUCCCAACGGCUCCGGGCCGGUGGCGGGCUCUGCGUGGAACAGUGGCCCUGCUCGCCGAAACUUCGCCGGCUCGUGCGUCGGUCUGCAUGUGACGUGGUACUGGUGUGCGCACGCCAGCAACUCGGCCCACGAGGCACAAUCACAAACCACAACUCACCUACACUCCACACUCCACACACCACCCCACCAGAGCUCUACACAGACCCGCCAUGAUCAGCAUAUUCAAGCCUGUGGCCCGUUCGAGCCCUCCUGUCUCUGCCUACGACGGAUCCGGCGCCUCCACGCCUAUUCUUCCCUUCAACCACACCGUCGAGAGCUUGACUCGAGACGUAUACGUCAAACCGUUACAUUCCCACAACGACUACUGGCGUUGGGACCCAUUUUUCGAUGCCUUGGGUGCGGGAUGCCAGUCCAUAGAGAGCGAUGUGUGGUAUUUCCCCAAAGGCUACAAAGUGGAUAGAACCGUCACCGAGACCACUGGAGGGUCCCAGACCUCCAAGACCCGCACUGAGUACUAUAGCAGCUCCGAGGUCUACGUAGGUCACAACCAGGUGUAUUUGAAGCCAAUUGACACCUUGUUCAACCUCUAUCUCAACCCAUUGUUCCAGUUCUUGGAAUACUCCAACCCCACAUUCACAUACACAGAAGCGAGCCUGGACCAGCACAGUCCACUCUUGGAGAACUUCGAGUCCAAGCACGGAGUUUUCUACAAUUCUCCAGAGACUCCGUUGUACUUCUGGAUGGACUUCAAAACCGACCCUGAAGCCACCUACAAUGCUAUCAGACCUCUUUUGCAACCCUUCAUCGACAAGGGAUACCUCGCUUACUACGAUGCGUCCACCGACACCUUCCAUCCUGGCCCUGUGGUGAUUACCAUCACCGGAAACUUGCCCACUGAGCUUGUGAAAAAAGAAAAAAUUCGCUACACCUUCCUUGACGGACCCUUGCUGCAAUUCUCUUCCGACAGCGACGAAAACACCCUUGUUGAAUACAGCAAGUUGGCGAAAGUUGCCAGUGGCUCCUUGGAAGAUUUGUUGGGAAAGGAGGCUUACCAGCAAGCAAAAUACAACGGGUUCACCGAGGACCAGAAAAAUAGAAUUGGAUCCUACUUCCAAUUGGCCCAUAAGCACGGUCUUAAAACGAGAAUCUGGGGCGACGUCACCUGGCCAAACGACUUGUUGAACUCACAUUUGAAGGAUUUAUUCCAGUUGAAGUCGGAUUUCUUGAACGUGGAUGAUGUUAAGGCAGCCACUAGUUUAUUCUAGUUAUGGUGUUUACAGCUGAUGAAAAUAGUACGAAAUACAUACCUCAGGAACCGGGAGUUCUACUUUGACUAAAUUUC